GUAUUACAUCCGGUGUCAUUCUGACUAAAUCUGACUGACUUCACUCUGCUGGUUCGUGCUGCUGUCAGAAGAGGAAAAGUAGAAGCAACAAAAAUCCAAAUGGAGCCCCAAAAGAAGUUGAUAAACUCUGUGGACGGCUGUGUGGAUGAAGCACUCUGCGGCCUCGCCAGGGCCAGCGGGGGCCUGUCUCUGCUGAAGGGCCACAGGAUUGUGCUUCGGUCCGACCUGGACAACCUGAAGGGCAAAGUGGCCCUGCUGUCAGGAGGAGGGUCGGGACACGAGCCUGCACACGGGGGUUAUAUCGGUGCAGGUAUGUUGUCCGCAGCAGUAGCAGGUGGAGUAUUUGCGUCUCCACCUCCUGCCAGCAUCCUGGCUGCCAUUCUCUGCUUGCAUAAAGCAGGAGCCUCCGGGGUCCUUCUCAUUGUGAAGAACUACACCGGCGACCGCCUCAACUUCGGAUUGGCCGCAGAACAAGCCCGUAACCACGGCGUCUCCGUUGACAUGGUGAUAGUUGCCGACGACUGUGCCUUCGACCGCCCCAGUAAGGCCGGGAGGAGAGGCUUGUGCGGCACCAUCUUCAUACACAAGCUGGCAGGUGCCUUAGCAGAAGAAGGCUGCUCAUUGGACAAGAUCUUUUCCAAGGUGACGGAGGUCUUGAAGGGGAUUGGUACACUUGGCGUGAGUCUGUCUCCGUGCAGCGUUCCAGGCUGCCUGCCUUCUUUUGACCUGCCGCCAGGAGACAUGGAGCUGGGACUGGGAAUCCACGGUGAACCUGGAAUCAAAAGGUCAAAGGUGGCGUCUGCAGAUGAGGUGGUGAAGACCAUGAUAGACCACAUGACCAAUCCUGACAGCCAAUCACAUCUGCCUCUGAAGUCUGGAGACAGUGUGGUUGUGUGUGUGAACAACCUGGGAGCUCUGUCAUGUCUGGAGAUGGCGGUGGUUACAAGAGCUGCCAUCAUCUGUCUGGAGAGUCGUGGGAUGGUGGUUGCCAGGGUGAUGUCCGGGUCGUUCAUGACAUCACUGGAGAUGGCGGGAGUGUCGCUGACGAUGAUGAGGGCCAAUAAGGAAAUACUGAAACUGUUUGAUGCUAAGACCGGCGCCCCCGCCUGGCCAAACCUCAGCAGUGUUUGCGUGAGCGGACGCAGCUACAUCACAGAUGCUCCAGCCAUGACCACGCGGCCUCAGGACGCCACUCACCCUGAAGGACCACUGAGUCCUGUGAUGCGUAAGGCGUUAGAGAGGGUUUGUUCAACACUGUUGGAAAAGCAGGAGGAACUGAACUCCCUGGACCGCGCUUCCGGGGACGGAGACUGUGGGAACACACAUGCACAAGCUGCUAGAGCCAUUCAGGAGUGGCUACAGCAUCAUGUGGUCCCUGGUUGCCCCGGGCGACUGUUAUCAGUCCUCGCUGGAUUGGUGGAGGAGAAGAUGGGCGGGUCUUCAGGAGCAUUGUACAGUCUGUUCCUGACUGCCGCGGCCGGUCAUGUGACCGAGGGGCGAAGCGACGCUUUAGCCUGGGCCAGCGCAAUGCAUGCUGGGACACAAGCCAUGAGAAGAUAUGGAGGUGCCGACCCUGGAGACAGAACAAUGUUGGAUGCUUUGUGUCCUGCGGUGGAUGAGCUGAUGAAACUGAUCACAGCACCACUCAGCGGACAGAUGGCUGUUCUACGGACGGCUGUGCAGAAAGCAGCUGUGGGGGCAGAGUCGACCCGUGACCUCACAGCGAGGGCGGGACGAGCCAGCUACAUCGCGGCUGAGAGGGUCACCUUGCCUGACCCCGGAGCCGUGGCUGUCGCCGCCAUUUUCAGAGCCGUGUUGGAGGCGCUGGAGGCGCAGGAGUAAUUCGGAAUUCAGCAACCAGGAUCUGAGCAGAUUAUAUUGCAGACCACCACACUAACAUUACCUGAACUUUAUUAUCACAAAAUAACUUAUUGUGAUUAAGUGUUCACUGUGUCCUGGUACCUUUUAAGAUUUGACUAACAAGCUCAGAAAUACUGUGAACCAGUUUUAUCUUAAUUGCUGCUUUCAUACUAGUGAUAAUUAAUUUUGAACAGCCGGAGAGUUUUGUAUAAGCAGUUGAAUCAUGAAUUGAACAUUCCCCGGUACUAAUAAUUAAAUACAAAUAGAGUUAUAUUAUAUUAUGGUGUUUGUAUAGAAGAUUUUCAUAGUUAAUAAUCUUCUGCACAAGACAACUAGACUUCACCUACAGUGUUGACUGUAUUUUAAACAUUUCUAAUUAAAGAAGGAAAUGUUUUACACAAAAAUAGUGUAGAAUAAGUCAUACUGUGCAUGGAUUAAAAGCACUUUAAUAGUGAAACAGUGUUAAUUCUGUCAAAUAAAAUACAAUUUUCACAUGUGU